GAUUUCGAAUCAAAUAAAAUUUCAGUUCAGUGCCGGAAAUUUGUAAUCGCUGUUGGUCGUGUUUUUCGCUGCUGAAUGUUUUUGAUUUUGAAAGGAAAAACUUUAUUAAUUUUGGUUUAAAACAACAUACAAAGAUUACUAAAUACUGUGAAAAUAAAGUGGAUAUGUAAUUUACGUGACAUUUAACACAUAUACGCCGAAUUCCUAUACUGAUUGUUUUCAGUGCUUCUUCAAAAACAUCGUUGAAGCAACUGAACCUUCAAGAUGGGCGACGUCGACCCCGAAUUACUCUUGGAAUGGCUGUCAAUGGGACAAGGUGAUGAGCGUGACAUGCAACUGAUUGCUUUGGAACAACUGUGUAUGCUGUUGUUGAUGUCAGACAAUGUGGAUCGAUGCUUUGAAAGUUGUCCGCCGCGAACAUUUUUACCAGCUCUAUGCAAAAUAUUUUUGGACGAAUUGGCUCCCGAGAAUGUGCUGGAAGUAACAGCUCGUGCUAUCACAUAUUAUCUCGAUGUCUCAGCUGAAUGCACUCGUCGUAUUGUUGCUAUUGAUGGUGCUAUCAAGGCAAUAUGCAAUCGAUUGGUUGUAGCGGAUUUGACAAGUCGAACGAGUCGAGAUUUGGCAGAGCAAUGCAUUAAAGUCUUGGAGUUGAUCUGUACUCGAGAAGCUGGUGCUGUUUUCGAAGGUGGCGGCCUAAACUGUGUUUUAUCGUUUAUAAGAGACUGCGGAUCACAAGUACAUAAGGAUACAUUGCAUUCAUCUAUGGCUGUUGUGUCUAGACUAUGCACAAAAGUUGAACCCCAAAGUGUUAGCAUUCAGACGUGCGUCGAAAGUUUGAGUACAUUAUUGCAACAUGAAGAUACUUUAGUUGCUGAUGGUGCAUUGAAGUGCUUUGCGUCUGUUGCCGACCGCUUCACGCGAAAAGGUGUAGAUCCGGCUCCGUUGGCCGAAUACGGUCUUGUAGCCGAAUUGCUAAAUCGGUUGAGCAACGCAGCUGGGCCGCAAACGCUCCCAUCUACUUCAGCACAAGAUGGUAGCACAGCUGCAGCCAGUCCACAUCCAAAGAAUCAAACUACCGAAACGAAUCGUUCAAGCCAGUCAAUAUCGACUACUAUUUCUUUGUUGUCGACUUUGUGCCGCGGAUCUCCGACAAUUACAUACGAUCUCCUCCGUUCGAAUCUUCGUGAUGCAAUGGAACGAGCAUUAAAGGGCGACGAACGAUGUACAUUAGAUUGCAUGCGUUUGGCUGAUUUGAUUUUGCUCUUACUAUUCGAAGGAAGACAAGCUCUGAAUCGAGUUGGUUGUGCUCAAGGUCAACUUGUUCCUCGUGCUGUACGACGAGCGGAUUCUAGUGAAAGAACUCACCGCCAACUAAUCGACUGUAUACGUAGCAAAGACACCGAGGCAUUAAUAGAGGCUAUCGAAAGUGGAAACAUCGAUGUGAAUUGUAUGGAUGAUGUUGGUCAAACAUUACUUAAUUGGGCGUCAGCAUUCGGUACAUUGGAAAUGGUCGAAUAUUUAUGUGAUAAAGAGGCUGAUGUUAACAAGGGCCAACGAAGCUCAUCUCUGCAUUAUGCCGCCUGUUUCGGUCGACCGUCAAUAGCCAAAGUGUUGCUGAAACACGGUGCCAAUCCUGAUUUACGUGACGAAGAUGGUAAGACGCCAUUGGACAAAGCAAGGGAACGCAUCGACGAAGGACAUCGUGAAGUUGCCACAAUAUUACAAUCACCCGGCGAGUGGAUGUCAGCUGGUCGAAAUGACGGUAAAUCCGAUUCCGAUGAAAGUGCUGAGCCUAGAGGUGAUCCGGAAAUGUCGCCAGUUUAUCUGAAAUUUUUCCUGCCGGCUUUCUGCAAAACCUUUCAAAGCACAAUGUUAAGCAGUGUCCGGCGAUCUAGUUUGGGUUUGAUUAAGAAAAUGGUUCAAUACGCUCAGCCCGAUCUGCUGUCAUCGCUGUGCUCCGCACAAAAUGAGAAUCUUGGUGUGCUGCUGGUCGAAGUGGUUGCCAGUGUUCUGGACAAUGAGAUCAGCUACAGUUGGCCUCCAUUAAAUAAUGGACGGCCGAAAAUGACUACUUUUGUGCAAAAUGUUAAACAGCAGCGUACUAAUUUAGCGCAGCGGUUUAUUUUGCCACCGCCCGUACAUAAAACUGUGGAUGAUGAGGAUGGACAUCUCGUUGUACUGAUCAUAAUCGAAGAGCUUAUGUCAAAAACACAAGACGAAUUUUUGGAUCAUUUUGCCCGUUUGGGAGUAUUUUCGAAAGUCCAAGCUCUAAUGGGAAGCAAUAAUGAAUCCGAUUCGGACGUCAUCAAGUCUUCAGAUUCUAUAGCAAAAGGUGAUGAUCCCCUGGAAGACGCAAAAGAAAUUCUACAAGGUAAAGCAUAUCACUGGCGUGAAUGGAGUAUCUGCCGUGGUCGUGACUGCCUCUACGUUUGGUCCGAUUCAGCCGCAUUGGAACUGUCAAAUGGUUCGAAUGGAUGGUUUCGUUUUAUUUUGGAUGGCAAAUUGGCGACCAUGUAUUCCAGUGGCAGUCCGGAAAAUGGAAGCGAUAGUUCAGGAAAGGGACGGAGUAUGGAAUCUAUAACUAGCGAAGAAAAUCGUGGUGAAUUUUUGGAAAAAUUGCAGCGAGCUCGUGCAGCUGUUCGAGCCGGAUCAACAUCACAGCCGAUUCUAACAACUCCCGGACUGUUGCGAUUAGUCGUUGGAAAUUGGGUACUCCAGAGCCAAAAGGAGAAUCAAGUGCACAUCAACAACACUGAAGGUCUGCAAGUGACGAUCUUACAAGAUGAUCUACCCGGAUUUAUUUUCGAAAGUAAUCGAGCCACCAAGCACACAUUUACUGCUGAAUCGUCAUUGGGACCAGAUUUUGCAUCUGGAUGGACACAAAGUCGUAAAAAGAAAGUUCGCUCAAAGACAGAAGUUCAAAAGUGUCAAGUGAAAAAUAUGGCACGUGAUUUGUAUAAUCGUUACUUCAAAGCUGCACAAGCCGUACCGAGAGGUGCUGUUGCAAAAUUGUCGUUGAUUGUUCGACAAAUAGAAGAAUCCCUGGAGGAGCAGUGCUCACGUCGAACGUACAUCGAGAGUGGAUUGAAUGGACUAUCUUGGCAAGAUAAGCUUCGUACUGCAUUGAAUGAACUUGCUGAUUUGUUACACGAAGAUGGAGUAGUAAGUGCAUAUGAAAUGCACAGUUCCGGAUUGGUACAAUGUUUGGUUGCGGUGUUAUCGAAAAAUUAUUGGGAAUCCGGUGUGACUCGAAGCAAGGCGAACAAACUACAAAAACAGCGAAUCUCGAUUUUCAAGCAGUGCAUUCAGAAUCGUGCAUCCAACGACGAUGAUAUGAAGAAUACAGCAAAUAUUUUGGUUCAGAAAUUGGUCUCAGUUUUAGAAAGUACAGAGAAAUUACCAGUGUUUAUGUACGAUGCACCUGGGUCUGGUUAUGGAUUACAGAUAUUGACAAAACGAUUGAGAUUCCGUUUAGAGCGAGCUGCAUGCGAGUCAACUUUGUUCGAUCGCACGGGACGUACUUUAAAAAUGGAACCACUGGCCACAGUUGGACAACUGGCAAAGUAUCUCCUAAAGAUGGUAGCAAAACAAUGGUACGACAUGGAACGUGCGAAUUUCAAUUUUCUGAAGAAGCUACGUGGUGGAGGUUCAAAUUCCACGUUCAAACAUCAAAGUGAUUUCGAUGAGAAUGGUCUGAUUUACUUCAUUGGAACCAACGGAAAGUCAACUGAAUGGGUGAAUCCUGCUCAGUAUGGCCUAGUGACCGUUUCAAGCUCGGAAGGCAAACAGCUCCCAUAUGGUCGACUCGAAGACAUAUUAUCGAGAGAUAGCACUAGCGUCAAUUGCCACACAAGGGACAAUAAGAAAGCAUUUUUUGCUAUUGACUUAGGCGUGUUCAUUUUGCCAACUGCGUACACAUUGCGCCACGCUCGUGGUUAUGGACGAUCAGCUCUGCGAAAUUGGAUGCUACAAGUUUCAAAAGAUGCAAACAAUUGGACAACACUGUUGACGCACGUAGACGACAAAUCGUUAACUGAACCGGGAAGCACUUGUACAUGGGUAUUGGAAUGUCCCACUGAAGAAGCACAAGGGUACCGACAUGUCAGGAUUCAACAGAAUGGUCGCAAUGCAUCCAACCAAACGCAUUACCUAAGUUUGUCCGGCUUUGAGAUUUAUGGCCGUGUGGUUUCAGUUUGCGAAGACAUGGGCAAAGCUGCUGUCAAAGAGGCUGAAGCUAAAUACCGUCGAGAGCGUCGUCAAAUUAGAGCGCAAUUGAAGCAUAUUACACCUGGAGCGAGAGUUGUUCGGGGUGUCGACUGGCGUUGGGAUGACCAAGAUGGACCACAACCAGGGGAAGGUGUUGUUACCGGCGAAAUACAUAACGGUUGGAUUGACGUGAAAUGGGAUCAUGGAGUUCGGAAUUCCUAUCGCAUGGGUGCAGAAGGAAAAUUCGAUUUAAAAUUGGCAAAUUGUGAUAAUCUACCAUUACUCGAAGGGGGCACUUCGUCCAAUACAUUAGUUCCUUUGUCAACCAAAAAAGUGGACAAGACCAGCAUUUUGACUAGUCGCAAAUCCAGUUCAACGCCAAGUCUUCCGGAAGCAACCGAUGGAAAUUUGAGCAGAAAUUCGGUCGCCUCAACAGAACAGGCUGCAUCGGCCGACAAUUUGGCGUGGAAGCAAGCGGUCGAAACAAUAGCCGAACAUGUUCUUUCGUCGGCAAAGUCCGAUAUUGUGGCUGGUAGUGAGGCGAGAGGCUCAUCGAAUCAAACUGAAGUGUCGGUUGUCGUGCAUGCUCUGCGUGAAUUGGAAAAUCAUCAGGAUCUGUCACUUAUCAAUCACACACCAGCACCUGUAUCAUCUGCGUCCGACUUGGAGACAAUCACAGAAAAUUUGACACUUAGCGACAGCUCUAAAAAUAAUGCAACCAGCAGUAGCGGCAGCGGUAGUAGUAGCAGCGGUACAUUCCUUCGUCAGCAAAGUUAUCCCGAAGAUAACAAAUCCACCAACAUCGAAGCGAAUAACAAAAUGAAUGCCAGCAACUCUGCUAACAAUAGCAAGUCAUUGUUCAGCAAUCUACGAACAGGCUCCGGUUCCAGAGUGUCACAAUUGUCGACAGAAGCUUUAGAAGUAAUCGACAAAAUGCGCGAAGGCGUCGAUAUGAUCCGAAACAACACAAAUAAUAUUUUGUCAUCGGAAAUUUUGACUAUUCCGUCGCCAACCCUUUUACCACCAGCUGUAAAGAUAUCGAUGCCCAAGAAUCAAGAGAAUGCCAAUUCUAACAUUGAAUUCGAUCGUCUAAAGAAGUUGACUCAAAAUUUGCGCCAAUGGCAAAUCCAAUCCACUGAUGAUUCAUGUGGCUCACAAUCAAUCGUAAAAGAACGUGACAAUACCAACAACAGCAAAAAUAAUCUCGCCACAAAUGUUGUAACGCCACCUCCGGCUGCUUCAAGCAAUGCAACUGCAAAUACAAGUUCAACCGCUGCGGCAGCUACAUCAACAUCAAUAGCUACAUUACCAACGUCAAAUGCGAUGAGCGUCAGUGUACCAAAUCUAACAUCAUCAAACAAUGAGAAUGCAAGUCAAAAUGAGCCGUCCACUCCCACCGGACUUCUCGAAACAUUUGCCGCAAUGACGAGACGUCGUGCGUCACAAGGGAAUGGAUUCCAAACGAACAAUCAAGUUAUCAGCAAUUCGAAUAUGACCAACAAUCAAAACCCAAGCUUCUUUCCACGGGCACCAAAUUCAGUUACGAGUCUGGUGAAAUUAGCACUGUCCAGCAAUUUCCACACCGGACUACUGAGCACAGCUCAAAGUUAUCCGAGCCUGAAUAGUUCAGCCAAUAACACAGCGAAUGCAUCAGCUGCACCGGUGGCCGUCAGUGGCAGUCAAGUGCCGUCGAUCAAUCCGAAUCUAACGAUGAGUCUAACAUCGACGUCCAGUGACAGUGAACAAGUUUCGUUGGAAGAUUUUCUGGAAAGUUGCCGUGCGCCCACUUUGCUUGGUGAAUUAGAAGAUGAUGGCGAAGAUGUUGAUGAGGAUGACAACGAUGACGAGGAGAACGAAGACGAGUAUGAGGAAGUCGGGGUAAGUUAUAACACAUUGCUUCAAGUGAUGGUAUCGAGAAACCUGUUAAGCUUCAUGGACGACGACACAUGGGAAAAUCGUGUCGCUGCUGCCAGUAAACGAAAAUCGUGGGACGAUGAAUUUGUCUUGAAACGUCAAUUUUCCGCCCUCAUACCGGCUUUCGAUCCUCGGCCAGGCCGUACCAAUGUCAAUCAGACAUCUGACUUGGAAAUUCCUCCGCCCGGUUUGAACAACAGUGAAUCAAGCACAAGCGGUGUGUUGACCGUACCACAGCCAUCACUAUCGCUGGUAUUGAAAGGACCCAAUUUGAAUGGCGUUCCUGAUGUGGAAAUCCCAUUAAAAAAUCCCGACUGGACCAUAUUCAGGGCCGUUCAGGAGCUUAUUCAACAAUCGAGUCUGAGCAAGGUGGAUAAACUUCGGAAAAUUUGGGAACCAACGUUCACUAUCAUUUACAAGGAAGCACCAGCCAAGGAUGAAGAUAUCAGUAGCGGAGAAGAUGGAAAAUCGACUCCAGUCGUGUCGCUAAUAUCUGGUGGUUCAACUCUAUCACCGAGCUCGCCGCUCCCAUCGGCUCCAACAACACUUCAGUGCACCGUUGACGAUGUUUUGCAACUGCUUUCUCAGCUCAGUUCAAUAAACGUCAACCAGAAAGACUCAGAAAACGACAAUCUUCUAACAUCAGACCUGUUUAUGAGCAAAAAAAUCACCAACAAAUUGCAGCAACAAAUUCAAGAUCCACUGGUAUUGUCCAGCAACAGUUUACCGACUUGGUGUGAAGAUUUGAAUCAAUCCUGUCCGUUCCUCUUUCCAUUCGAAACGAGGCAAUUGUAUUUCAAUUGUACAGCGUUCGGAGCCUCUCGCAGCAUAGUUUGGUUACAGUCGCAACGGGACGUGACACUGGAACGGCAACGACCCGGUUUGAGUCCACGUCGUGAUGAUCAACACGAAUUCAGAGUCGGCCGCUUGAAGCACGAACGAGUUAAAGUUCCUCGGAAUGAACGACUUUUGGAUUGGGCCAUGCAAGUGAUGAAAAUUCAUUGCAAUCGAAAGUCAGUACUUGAAGUUGAAUUUGUCGACGAGGAAGGUACGGGUCUGGGUCCAACAUUAGAAUUCUACGCUUUAGUAGCUGCUGAAUUGCAACGUGCUGAUUUGGCUAUGUGGUUGCACGAUGACGAUGAACCUGAUUCCACGACUGACGGUAAAAACAGCGGUGAGGUGGACUUGGGAGAAGGUGCUAAACCGAGAGGAUAUUACGUACGAAGAGGGAAUGGCUUGUUCCCUGCUCCUCUUCCACAAGAAUCCGAAAUAUGUGAGCAAGUCAGCAAGUAUUACUGGUUCUUGGGAGUGUUUUUGGCCAAGGUAUUGCAAGAUGGACGACUUGUCGAUCUACCGCUAUCGAAUAGUUUCCUUCAGCUGUUAUGUCACAACAAGAUUCUCUCGAACACAAGCAAAAUUACAUUACUGAAUACCAAAACGAGCGACGACAUCAUGGCGUCGAGCAUCAUGUCUGAAGAAAGUGAUCGCGAUAUUGCUGAUACAUGCAUGUCGGCUAUGUUGGUCCAAGAAUUCCCAGAAACUUGCUGGUACGAUGGUGUACUCACGCAAGACAAUUUAACCGAAAUCGAUCCGAUUCGAGCUGAAUUCUUAAAAGAACUCCAAGAAAUCGUUCAAGAAAAACAGAACAUCGAACUGAACGAUAAACUGAGUGCAGCAGAGAAGCAACAAAAAAUCGACAGCAUCCGAUUGAAGACAAAGUCGGGUCCGGUGGCCAUAGAAGAUUUGGCAUUGACAUUUUCUUAUUUGCCAAGUUCGAAACACUACGGAUACACUGCUGCCGAUCUGGUACCAAAUGGAUCGGCUAUCGAUGUGACAAUUGAAAAUUUGGAAGAAUACUGUGAACUUACGUCCAAUUUCUGUUUGCAAGACGGAAUUUCGAAGCAACUGGAAUCGUUCCACAAAGGUUUUUGCCAGGUGUUCCCACUGAAUAAACUGGCGGCAUUCACACCGGACGAGGCUCGUAUGAUGAUUUGCGGCGAACAGAAUCCGGAAUGGAGCCGAGAAGAUUUGAUUAACUACACUGAACCGAAGUUGGGAUACACGAAAGAAAGCCCUGGCUUCAUUCGCUUCGUCAACGUGUUGAUGAACAUGACCGGUCCGGAACGGAAAGCUUUCCUUCAGUUUACCACCGGUUGCAGUAGUCUACCUCCAGGCGGUUUGUCCAAUUUACAUCCGAGACUGACGGUCGUGCGUAAAGUAGAUGCGGGUGAAGGUAGUUAUCCGUCUGUGAAUACUUGCGUCCAUUACCUGAAAUUGCCCGACUAUCCAACGGAGGAAAUUCUCAAGGAACGUUUGCUGACAGCUACGAAGGAGAAAGGAUUCCAUUUGAACUAGACAGGAGAGGUUAAGAUUUUAUUUUUUAAUUUUUCUCUUCUUUGCAUUGGGAAAAUAUAAAAAUUGGAAAGGAGAAAUGUUUCAUUUUCGUCGUAGUUUUUCUUUCGGUUUUAAGUUUGAUUUUUUUCGGAAGUUUUUUUUUUUUUUGCAUUAGUUUGGAGGGAUGUGUAAAUAUAUUGAAAUAAUUGAGAUGAAGAAGUUGUAGAAGAUGAAGAAAAAACUUUAAAAUGAAAAACCCUAUUAUAAUUAACAGAAACCAUCGAAAUUUUUAGGAAAAUAAAUAUAUUUCUAGACGAUAAGGAGAUUGUUUUUGCUGUCAAUUUGUUAAACAAAAGAUGAUAAAAUAUGCGCGGAAGA